GCAAUGCGCUCGACGAGUCGAUCCUGACACGCUGCACAACCGCCCGCGCGCGCACACGCACUCACUCGAUCGUCUUCGUCUGCUUGCCCCGCCGCUAACACAAGCCAUAAUUAGGCUUGAGAAGAUAUUAACCACACAAAGCCAAGAGCACUGCGCCCGAGUCGAUCGCGUCUGGUUCCCCAUCGUCCUCGAUCGGCAACUGACUGCUGCUUUGCAACCGGGCGAAUCCUCCGGCCGGCCGGAUCGAGAAUUCGAGAUCAUCUAUCUAUCGGGUACGUUGUUCCAUGGGGUCGGCGGCCGGCGACGGCGACCGCCAGUACGCGAUGCACCACGGCUCCGCGGCGGCGGAUCAGCGGGUGAACCUCGCGGCGCGGCGGCCGUUCGUCGAGGCGCUGCGCUCGGGCCUCGCGGAGACCUUCUUCCCCGACGACCCGUUUCGCGGCUUCGGGGCGCUCCCGCCGGCGAAGCGGGCGUGGGGCGCGCUCAAGUACUUCGUGCCGGCGCUGGAGUGGGCGCCGCAGUACGGGCUCGGCAAGUUCAAGUACGACCUCCUCGCCGGCAUCACCAUCGCCAGCCUCGCCAUCCCGCAGGGCAUCAGCUACGCGCGCCUCGCCAACCUCCCGCCCAUCAUCGGCCUCUAUUCGAGCUUCGUGCCGCCGCUGCUGUACGCGGUGUUCGGGAGCUCCAACAACCUGGCCGUGGGCACCGUGGCGGCGGCGUCGCUGAUGCUGGCGUCCAUCGUCGAGGACGAGGUGAAUCCGGACGACAACCCGGAGCUGUACCUCCGGCUCUUCUACACCUCCGCCUUCUUCACCGGCAUUUUCCAGACCGCCUUAGGCGUCUUCAGAUUAGGGCUGAUAGUUGAUUUCCUGUCGCGGUCGACGAUCACCGGGUUCAUGGGCGGCACGGCCAUGAUCAUCAUAAUGCAGCAGCUCAAGGGGAUGCUGGGGAUGAAGCACUUCACCCCCAAGACUGAUGUCAUCUCCGUCGUCGGCUCCAUCUUCCGUUACAGACAUGAGUGGAAAUGGCAGAGUGCGAUUCUCGGCAUAUGCUUCGUUUUGUUCUUGCUCUCAAGUAAGCACCUGAGGAAGAAAAUGCCAAAUUUGUUCUGGGUGUCGGCCAUUGCGCCUUUCAUGGUUGUCAUCAUCGGAGGCGUCUUCGCUUUCCUUGUCAAGGGAGAUGAGCAUGGCAUUCCAAUUGUUGGUGACCUGAAGAAAGGGCUUAAUCCUCUCUCCAUUUCACAGUUAACUUUCGAGGCUAAGCACGUAGAGAUAGCUGUGAAAGCAGGUCUCAUGUCUGGGAUCCUAGCACUCGCUGAAGGAAUAGCCGUGGGACGAAGCUUGGCCAUGAUCAAGAACGAACAGAUCGACGGUAACAAGGAGAUGAUUGCGUUCGGUAUGAUGAACAUCAUCGGCUCUUUCACCUCCUGUUACCUCACAACAGGGCCGUUCUCAAAAUCGGCAGUGAACUUCCACGCCGGUUGCAAGACGCCUAUGUCGAACGUGGUGAUGUCCGUGUGCAUCAUGCUAGUGCUGCUGUUCCUGGCUCCUCUCUUCAAGUACACCCCGCUAGUGGCGCUCUCUUCCAUCAUCGUCGUCGCCAUGAUCGGGCUGAUCAAGGUGAAGGAGUUCAUCCACCUCUACAAGAUCGACAAGUUCGACUUCUGCAUCUGCAUGGUCGCUUUCUUGGGCGUCGUCUUCUUCACCAUGGUCAUAGGCCUAAGCGCAUCAGUAGGUUUGUCAGUACUCAGGACAUUGUUGUACGUGGCCAGGCCGGCAACUUGCAAGCUCGGAAGCAUAGCCGGGACAGAGAUCUUCCGCGAUGUAAAGCAAUACCCAUAUGCCAAGAGCUUCCUCAACAUCCUCGUCUUGCAGCUGGGUUCUCCCAUUUAUUUCAUCAACGCAGGCUACUUGCGAGAAAGGAUUUUGAGAUGGGUGGAAGAUGAGGAAAACAUUUGCAAGGUGCACGGGCAAGAUUUGCAGCACCUGAUUCUUGAUCUUGGUGGUGUGACUUCAAUUGACAACACGGGGAUCGGGAUGCUAGUAGAAAUUCACAAGAGUUUGGACAGGAAAGGCAUAAGGAUAGUCCUGGCAAACCCCAGGCUACAGGUGACAGAGAAGCUGGUCCUAUCUGGGUACAUCAAGGACACCGUAGGGGAGGAGAGCGUGUUCCUGACCGUCAAGGACGCCAUCGCGUCGUGCCGGUACGCGCUGCAGACGUCCAGAAGCAAGGAGGGAGAAAGUGAAGUAUAGCGAUUUCCUGUUUAGGAGGCAUGGGAGGAUGUAGAUAUCGUGGUGUGGCAGGCAGGAAGAAGAUGCAUGCGCGUCCCACUUAGCGACAUGUAGAAGAUUCAUCAGAGCUGCAAACAAUGAAAGACGAUUCGGUCGCACAGAUUGGGUUGGAUGCCUGGAUGGUCUCUGCAUGUGCUGAACUGUAUCAGGAUUAAUUAAGGGUAGUUUUCAGGAUCCUUGUAAGGGGAAGGAAAUAGCGGUGCAGGCAAAAGUAAUGUUCUCUUGUGUAUAACAGUUUAGAUAUUGUUAUUUUUCUGGGGUCAUAGUGAACCUUACAGAUUUGCUUGUAUCAGGUUGACGUUAUAGAAUGCGUAAGAACAAUGCUCAGUUGCUGGAUGAAUAAAGCGUAUUCAUCUGCAAAUGAUAAGAGUAUUUUUACUGCA